GGAAAUUUGUUGUGGCGGUGAGGAAGAGGAAGCCCCGAAGGGUCAAAAGGAAUACAAAAGCAAAGUCUGCUCGCUUGCUUUAAACCGUUGUUCUUUCAGUCUUUCUGACCUAUUUUUUUAAGAGCGAGCGGCCUUGUCGGCGGCGGUUUGAGUUAGACGCCACGGAGGUGAGGGAGGCUCUCCUCCCGCGCUCUGGGAGGUCUGUCACCUCCCUGCUGUACAGACUGGACUUGACUAAGACUCCUUGAGGCCCUGAGAUUCUCCAUUAGAAUCUGUGUUGGAGAUUUUUUCCCCCUGCAGACUGUUCCAUUAUGGAUGGAGGAGAUGAUGGUAACCUUGUCAUCAAAAAGAGGUUUGUGUCCGAGGCAGAGCUAGAUGAGCGGCGCAAAAGGAGGCAAGAAGAGUGGGAAAAGGUUCGAAAACCAGAAGAUCCACAAGAAUGUCCAGAGGAGGCUUAUGACCCCCGGUCUCUGUAUGAACGGCUCCAGGAGCAGAAAGACAGGAAGCAGCAGGAGUAUGAGGAACAGUUCAAAUUCAAAAAUAUGGUAAGAGGUUUAGAUGAAGAUGAGACCAACUUCCUUGAUGAGGUUUCUCGUCAGCAGGAACUGAUAGAAAAGCAGCGACGAGAAGAAGAACUGGAGGAGCUGAAGGAGUACAGAAGUAAUCUCAACAAGGUUGGAAUUUCUGCAGAAAAUAAAGAAGUAGAGAAGAAGCUGGCUGUGAAACCCAUAGAAACCAAGAGCAAGUUCUCCCAGGCGAAGCUGUUGGCAGGAGCUGUGAAGCAUAAGAGCUCAGAGAGUGGCAAUAGUGUGAAAAGACUGAAACCAGACCCUGACCCAGAUGACAAGGCUCAAGAGGCUCCGUCCUGCGUGUCUCUUGGAAGCUCUUCUCUGAGUGGCCCCUCCAUCCACUGCCCAUCUGCUGCUGUCUGCAUCGGCAUCCUCCCGGGCCUGGGUGCCUACUCCGGGAGCAGUGACUCCGAGUCCAGUUCAGACAGCGAAGGCACCAUCAACGCUACAGGGAAGAUCGUCUCCUCCAUCUUCCGAACCAACACCUUCCUCGAAGCACCCUAGCUCCUGACAUCACCAUAGGGAGCGUCUCCCCAGAGGGUUAAAUGCCUGUUCUGACUCAGCAUCACCUCCCUCAGAAAACUUCUUCAUCUGCUUCCUGUGCACAUGUGACAUUCUAACCUAACCUAGAAUUGUGUCAGAGUCUGCUUGUGGCUCAGACUCUGCUUGGUUUCUCUUUGUGCUCCAGUGCAGAUGACCAAACCUGUCCCAGCGAUAGGAGUUGGGGUUCAGGCAAGUCUCAGAAAUGCCACUGGUGGUGCAAGGGUUCACCGUACCUUGUUUUCUUGUUUUUCUCCUUUCCUAGUAGCACAGGAAGCAUUAUCUUGAUACACUAUUAUAGGUGAAGGGGCUGCUUGGUUCUGCCAUGUUGUGUGUGGCAUAGAGAAGGGCAGACUAGCUGCUGACCUGAGUUCUGACUUAGGUCUGACCCUUCCUGGAUGUUAUGUGACUAAAGAUUGUAAACCACACCCACAAGGCCAUGAGUCAACCACAGCCCUUGAGGUGAUGUUCUUCCAUGUUGUUAUUCCCCCCUCUCCAGCCUGCGGAGGUAGGAAGGAGCUGGUAAGGAUGACAUGUCCAUCUUCUACCCACCUUCUCUCCCUGGAAAACUGUUUUGAUUUUGUUUUUGAAAUAAAGAAUUUAGUUUAAGAUUCUAAA